GCCGAACGAUCUUCAAAGUCAUCCUGCCACGUACCGCCUCUACAAGGUGCGUGCUCCUGACCUGGAUCUCGUGGCCAAAUUUCGCCACGUUCGCUUCGCAGAGUCGCCUCUCAGUGACUUUUGGGCCUUCUCUUCGUCCGAUUUCAUUGCGGGCGCGGCUGCUGUAAAGGCAUCGGUUGCUUUGGCAGAUUCGCCAUUCGUUUCCUACGAGCACCACUUGCGGCAAUCUUUGCGCGACCUUUUGGCACCCCGAAUCGAGGAGGCUAAGGAAGCGCUCUCCGCCUUUGCGUGUAGCCCUGCUGCACGAAGGAGAAUUUGCAGCAUUUGCAGUCUGAGAUGGACAAGCUUGGGGCGGAUGGAGGCCCUAGCAAGCGACAGCGAUUCGAGUGAUUUGGCAAUUGGCAGCCUUUUGCGGCAAGCAUUAGCUUUUUCCCCUGCCGAUGUGGUACCGGCCAAAGUGAAUUUUGAAGAAUGGGAAAGAAGUGUGAAGUCUAAAAAGAAGGCAAGGGAUGACAAAAGUGAAAAGAGUGAGAAGAAGGACAAGGAGUUACCACGGCGUUUGCCACUUGACGCCUUCAGUACCCAGAUCGGAUGGCGCCCGACAGGGCCCAACCCAGGCCAAAUCAAGAGUUUCUUGGAGAGAUUCCCCAACGAAUUUCGCACUGCUGCAAUGGGAAAAGUUGUCCUACCAGAAAAGGAUGGCCUACCCUACACAUGUCAACAGCAAAUGCUCUCAAAGUGCUUCGCGGCCGUGACUCUGGAAGCUGGGACGCAAAGGCCCGGCAGGAGAUCAGCGCGGUGUUUGACCGCGGGUGCAAGUGGAGUGGAUGAGUUUUUCCACGUUCUUGGAGUGGGUGAUCUACCUGCAGGAUGCAUCAACGCAGAUGACCAGCGCCUUGACCCCCCACAUUGGAGACACAGCUUUGCUCUACUUGAACUGGCUUCAAUCGCCGGCAGCCGCUACUGCAGUGGCCGGUACAAGGACGAUGUAAUGGUGGCGCUACUCAAAGAAUCCGGGGCCAAAAAUCCUCCAGGAUCCGGCAAGCCUGGAGGAAUUUUAAAAGGCCUUCGUUCCAUGGGCAGCUUGGAAUCACGCCGCAGCAUGGACAGUAACGGGACGAGGAGCAGCGGCCAGCGCAGCAGCACUGAGGUUCCUUGGGGAAUGGGCCCAAGUAAGGUAUUCAGGGAUCAGAGAAAAAAACCUGUCGCUUUUCAGUUUUUAGCAAGCAUGAGUCGGAAGCCAGCGUGUGUUUGUUGUCUCACCAGACUUUACGGUCGAGUGAUAAGUGCAAUAAAGGUACGGAAUAACCUGGUUUCGGCCAAACAAUCUGUGGAUUUAGGCAGUAAGAACGGGAAUACACACCACACAUGA